UCACCACCCCGAACGAAUCGCUUCAGGGGUGGCGUCAUGCGCAGAGGGUGCGCAGGUGAGGCGGCCGGCUCGGCGGCGGCGGCGGCACAUUGCAGAUCAGCGGCACGCCGGCAUUUCCAGCCUGCGGCACACUCCGGCUUCCUUUCGCCGUCUGCUCUCGGCGCUGGACUCCGAUUGCCGCCCCUCGGACGCAGCCGCCCCCGACACGCGGGCACGCAACAAACUCGCCUCCAGAUGUGCUCCCGCCGCACAGCUCGUGCGCUUCUGUUCGCCGCGACGGCCCUCGCUUGCGUUGCGGCAUCCCUCGUGCGCGCCGCUCCACUCACGGAUGAAAUAGCGAGCACCAAGACCUUGCAGUUGCCGGCAAACAGGAAGAACUAUUGUGAGUUCCAGGGAGAACGGUACGCACUGAACAAAACCUGGUUCCCCAAGAUAAAAGACAAGAGUGAUAACGGCAAAUUCUGCGACGUUUGCAUUUGCCUACCGGAGACAAGUACCCAUAAAUGCCACACUCAUAAGUGCUCCGAAGAGUGCGCAAAUCCUCGUCGCGAGACUUGCUGUCAAUGUGACUUUGGCAAGGCAAAACAUCAUGGUAACACGCACCAGGGAUCGCCAGCAGCCUAUGUGUGUAAAUCUGCCCAAAAGCAGUAUCGUCACGGUGAGAAGUGGGAAACAUGGCAGGCAGACGGUAGUUGCACUGGACACGUUUGUAAUUCUGGAAUUAUUGAAUAUAUUAAGUGCGAGGAGAAUAAGCGAGGCUGCAAAAACCCUGAGGACUGUCCACCUUCAGAGCCCGGCAUGGAAGAAGCUAAAAGCGGAGAGGGAAAAGUGAGUCCACCACGUCCACCAGUAUUUUUUGAGAAGAAGGAAAAACGCAGCGCGGGAUGCGAGGACCAGAACGUGCAGAAUGUUUUUUCUCUUUCUUCAUUGAAACGCAGGACUCACUUGGAGGGAGAAAAGUGGAACCCAAUCAUGGGGCCAUUUGGUCCCAUGUACUGCGUAAUUUGCCAGUGCAAGAAAGGCCGGAUUGAGUGCUCCCACGUGUGCUCGUACCAGCCGGAGAUGCCAUGCAAGAAUCCCACACGACCAAAAGGGCAAUGCUGCUUGACUUGUCCAACCCCAAGCCAACCACCACCGCCACCACCAUCGCCGCAGGAACAAAUGAUUCCUGUUACAAUUGCAGUUCAUGACGGCAAAUCAGGCAACUCAAAGCGCGACGUGAAAAAACAAAGGCAACCAAAAGGAAGCCAGAAGCUAUCAAUGGGGACCAACAUCGUGGUUCGUCAGUUGCGGACAGGCAAGGCUGGCUACGGAGUGGACAAGUUCAUGUACGCAUUCCAAAAAGGCUCAGAGGUGGAGGUGCACAAGUGGGAACUGAUGAGGAACGGCACUAAUUCUAAAUUUAGAAAUGAGCUCGUCAACUUUGGAGAUUUCCAGAUCGAGUACCACAGCAACAUGCUUCUUGGCUGUAUUUCCAAAAAAAUGCUUAAACAUAUAAAAAAUCGAGAGGGUAAAAUCCAAGAGGAUUGCACAGGGUGGAUCAGGAAAUCAGAGGAUCAAAUCAAGCAGUGCGGCACUAGAAUCAAGCUACUACUCAACCAUCUGGAAGAUCACGCAGUCCCGUGUCCAGCGAGGAAGAAUUAGGUUUAGAGCUCUAAAGUCCAUUUUAACGAUGACACAAAAUGAUAAUAAUUCAACUCUGGAUCGAUUGCGUCACUGCCAAAAUAGCAGCUCAAUCCGUAUGCCUCGUCAGUUGAGCAGUUUUAAUAUACAAUCCGUAUUACUUAUUGUGCAAUAUUUAGAUCCGUUUUCAACUUAAUGGAGACAUUCCAUGUGCAUUUAAUAAUAUGAGUUACCUUUACUGACAUCGAUUUAAUAAGCAUUUUUCUUUCGUUUGUGGAAACUUGUAAAAAGUAUUUAAGACAACGCAAGUUUAAAACAUCGCCAGUAACUUAGAUUUGUACAUUUUAAUAUUUUCAUAAAAAUAGGUAGAUUGAGAUGCUUGCAGUUGAACUAACCUUAAGUUGAGCACUUGAAAGAACACCACAGUCACACACUCACAUCAUCCAGAUGAUUGUGCACAUCUAUCUUUCCGAAAUAGAACUCCUGAGUCGGUUAAAUGUAUGUACAUGUGAAAACUGCUGCACUACUCUAAGUCUUUGUCGCUGUCGUCGUCUGCAUGGAGCUGGAAAAUUGAGCAAAUAAACAGAGAACUGAAA